UCAUUUUUCGUCCUCCAUAGCUGUUGUCACAACGGCUGUUAGGACGAUUAAUAUUUUAAUUUGAAGUUAUUUACCGGAGGUUCGUUCUACGUUGCCUAGCAGCUACUUACCCAAAACGCUUUACUGGUAACGAACACUCUCCGCUAUUUCACAGCAUAUUCAUAUACCAGUAACACCCAAGCAUGACUUCAUCCAGCGGCGCCUCCACCUUUCCCCCCUUCAAGUUCUGCCCGCGCAGAGAGAUUGUGGAUUGGCGUCGCAUUAAUGCAGUGGACAUCGACCUGGUGGCGAGUCAGAUAGAUGUGGAUGCUCUUCAGGAGCACUUAACCACAGUGACUUUCUGCAGCUUGGACGGGGAGCGAUGCCAGCGAUGCCAGAGCCCCGUGGACCCGGCUCUGGUCAAGCUCUUCCGGCUGGCCCAGCUCACAGUGGAGUGGCUCCUUCACUGCCAGGAAUGUCUCACCCUCAAACUGCGUGCGGUGGAAGAGAGGCUGACAGCUUCCAGCAAGGAGUGUGAGCAGCUGCUGGCUCAGCAGAAGGAGCAGGAGGAAAAGGUGAAGAUGCUAACCAGCGAGCUCAAGCAGAGGAAGAAGAUUAUUCGCACCCAGCAGUCCAUGUUCGCGCCUCAAUCAUCAGCAGCCAGAAGUGCCGACAUUGUGAGAAGCUCUUCCUUAAUGCCUCCUUUCUCCAGAGUCACACGCAGCGUCACCACCCUGACAAGUACUGAGUGGACAUCUGGAAGAUGUUCAUGCGGAGCUCCAGGUGCAGCAGCUGUCUUCCCCCAGCAGUAAUGUCACUGCAGCUGUCGAUGACCUCAAUGCUGAGCCAUUUCACUUUCAUAGAUACAAUACACAAGUCAGAACACCCCCUGUUAAAUAGAGCAUACAAAACUACAAAAACUGAUGGAGACGCUUUCUAAUUUAGCAGAGAGCUUGUAGACAAAGACACAUUUUAAUGCGCAGACAUCUGCUUCUUGCUGCCUUAAGAGAUUCGGCAGGUGAUUAUAUAAUUUUCUUAUUCUCAGCAGAUCCCUUAGAAAGCCCAAAGCCAGCAGAGUGCUGCUCUUCUCAGUGCUUUCUGACUUCCUGAUCCUGUUAUUGUACAUAGUUAUUUUACCUGCAUGAUUAAAUUAGUGCCCUGUGGGGUGAAUGUUUGUUGUGGGGGCCUGUUGACCCCCCCACUGCGCCUGGCAGUUUUAUUAUUUCCUCAUGCACCCAGAAACCAACAAAUCUUUCUGGUUUCAGCUUCUCAAAUCCAAAUGUUGUUUUUAAACUCAGUGUUUUGGAGUUUUUUUUUUACUGUUGGUUAGACAGAAUAGCAACAUGUUACCUUGAGCCUUAGGGAAUAGUGGUGGGCAUUUUCUGGCAUUUUAUACACUGAGCAAUAAAUGAUUAAAGAUAUCUGUCAGGCGAUAUGGAAAAGAACUUCUAGCUGCAGGCUUAACAGUUGCUCUAUGACAGAAUAAUAUGGCCUUACCUGAGGGUUUCCAGGUUUCACAUGCCUGAUUUAUCAUUUAAGAGAGCUUUUCUUCAAACCUAUGAAUAGAAGACUGAUUUUUAACUUUAUUUUUGUUGAAACUGAUUUUUCCUUAAAUAAAAGACGUGUUUGUUCUGCA